AUGUCUCUCUCAUCCAUCCCGCUUUCUUCUCUUUCUGUCCCCACGCUCGACUCUCUCAGACACUCCUCAUCUUCGUCUUCUGGUUCGACAAGCCAGUCCGGCUCCCUUAUAUGGGACUCCUGCGCGUCAGAUAGUCAGGCUGAAACGGACAUCACGCCGCCCCCAUCGCCCUCCAAAGAAGCCAUCGACUCUGUCCUUGAAGCCAGCCUUCAAACUCUCAUCACGCUCAAAGUCAAUGGAGACGCUGGCGUCGCCCCUGAUGAGACACCACUGCAGUUCAUCAACGGCUGGCAUACGAGCCGAGACGACAACACCAAUGACCACGGCGACGCAGGCUACGACGCCGAGGAAGAACAUGAUACCCCCGGCCGUCCCAAAUCCAGCGCACUCCCACCAAAAAGCCAAAGCAGAGCUCGGCGUCACAAACGACGAACCCCAGUCAUGGACGAGGAAUCACCCAUCCCGUCCUGGGGCGUAUACUCCGACGCCCGCGACAUCCCAAUCCGCAAGCGCCGCGCAGACCGCCGCAGAAACUUCUGCCAUUCAUUGGGCGCGGCCCCUCCGCCUACCAACUCCCUAGUCUACGCUCCGAGUCGCCGCAAAGCCUGUGUCGGGCUGGGGCUCGGCCUGCCGUCCGAACGCCACCUCCCGGCGAUAUCAGAGACGGACGUCCUCCCCGCAAACGCACCCCGUCUGCCGUUCAGCGCUUGCGCGACUCCAGAAGAGUUGCCCACCGACUACCUACAGCCGCUCCAAGAAUGCCCGUCGCCCGUUGCUCCUCCUCCACCGUCGCCGAAACUGGAGCCGCAAGACAUUAUCUAUAUUCCCUCCCCUGUCGAAACCCUACCACCUCUGCUCCUAGUUCUCGACACGGUGAGCCGCGGGAGGUCGCUCAUCAGAGGCAUUCGCAGGCCGGCAGCGCGAUGGGUGCCCAAGAGGAAGGUCCGCAUUUCACUUUCCGUGCGCGGGCAGCCCCUCGUGUCGCCCAUAUUGGAGGAAGAGGAAGAUGCGGCAUAUGCUUGA